AUGCUCUAUAUCACCCUUAUCCUGGCCGUCUCGUGCUACCUGACGGUGGAGGUGUUGCAGAUCGGCCGGAGACGACGAUGUUGGCCUCCUGAGCCACCGACAUUGCCCGUCGUGGGGAAUCUGCAUCUGUUAUCACCGACGGUUACUCAUCUGCAGUUUACUAAAUGGACGAAGAUCUAUGGCGAGAUAUUCUCGUUGACACUGGGACCUGGUGUCAUGGUCGUCCUAUCCAGUUCCCACGCGGUUCGCGAAAUCCUGGAUAAGCAGAGCGCCAUCACGGGAAGCAGACCUCCCUCUCACUUUGACGACAUCCUGCACGAAGGAAAGUACCUCGCGAUCUGUCCGUCUUCGAAUGAAUGGCGUCUUCUUCGCAAAGCGGCCAACUCGCUGUUGACUCCGCAGUCGGCCCAGAGGCAGAUACCCAUCCAACGGGCGGAGUCGCUUCAACUUAUGCACGAUGUUCUGAAGGUUCCCGAGCGAACGUGGUGGCACCUGAGGCGAACAGCAAACUCGUCCAUAUUCUCAGUGCUAUGGGGAAAGCGCGCGCCAAAAGAUAGAGUCUCCGGCGGCCGGUACACAGACCUCGACUGUUUCAUGGACAAUGUGAUCAGGAGACAGGAGGAGCUGGAGCUCACCGACGAGAUGGCCGCAUUGUUAGGUACCGUGCUCCUAGAAGGCGCUAGCGACACAACGCCUACGCUCCUCCAAUCUUUCUUGCUCCUGGUGACCGCUCAUCCUGAAGUGCAACGCAAGCUCCACGAUGAGAUGGACAGCGUAGUAGGAGUGGGGCGCGUCCCGAACCCGAACGACUUCCAGAACUUACCAUACCUUCAGGCUACGAUGAGGGAAACUCACAGGUUCAGGCCCGUGUUCCCCAUUGGGAUUCCCCAUUACACUCUUGAGGACGUUAUUUAUGGGAAAUAUACGAUCCCAAAGGGCAGCGUCCUGGCAGUCAAUCUAUGGGGGAUCUACCACGAUCCGGAGGUGUUUGAGGACCCACAUACGUUCAACCCAGACCGUUACAUGCAGUCCGAAUUUGGUGUGAAACCAGCCAUAAAUGACACCCUGUUCAGGCAUUCUCUGCCUUGCGGCGUCGGACGGAGAAUUUGCCCUGGGAGACAUGUCGCGGAACAAGCAACGCGCAUUCAAGCUGCUGAUCUCAUAUGGGGAUUCGAAUUUACCGCCAACGAGCCGCUGGACUUGAAUGCUUACGAACCCGGAAUAGUCAUGGCUUCCAAGCCUUUCAAGGUCUGCAUCAAGCCGCGUAGUAUGCACCACGGAGAAAUCAUCGAGAGCGGUUUUGCGGACGCCAUCCCAUUGUUUGCUCCGUACGAGGAGCGGUUGAGCGCGGAAGAGAAGGAGUGGUUCACCGAGUGGGCGAGGAAAUACGGAGAUAUAUUCUCGUUGACUCUUGGCCCGGGGGUCAUGGUAGUGCUGUCUAGCGCCCAUGCAGUUCGCGAGAUACUGGAAAGGCAGAGCGCGGUCACCUCGAGCAGGCCUCCCUCUCACUUCGAUGACAUCCUUCACGAAGGAAAAUACCUUGCUAUCUGUCAAGCGUCUAACAACUGGCGGCUCCUGCGAAAAGCCGCCAACUCCCUGUUAACGCCACAGUCCGCCGUGAAACAUAUACCCCUUCAGCGAGCAGAGUCGCUUCAACUCAUGUAUGAUGUCAUGAAAGCUCCAGAGCGAACGUGGUGGCAUCUACGGCGAGCAGCCACGUCCGCCGUCUUCUCAGUACUAUGGGGGAAGCGCGCACCCAAGAUCGACUCACAGGACGUCGCAAUGGUAUUUGAAAUUGCCGAGGCUGAAACUCAGGUGUAUACGCCCGGCAAGCACGCCCCGGUGGACCUACUCCCGAUCCUCAAAUAUGUGCCUGAGCGGUGGGCGCCGUGGAAGGGGAUUUGCAGGGAUCUCCGAGAACUGCAGAUGUCGUUCUACACACGCUUGACAAACGAAUGCAAGGAGAGGAUGUACAGCAGCCAGCAAGUCGAUACACUCUGCUUCAUGGAUGCCGUGGUCAAGCGACAGCAGGAGUUGGAGCUCACGGACGACAUGGCUGCAUUACUCGGUGCCGUGCUGUUGGAGGGUGGUAGUGACACAACGGCCACAUUUAUGCAAUCGUUCCUGCUGAUGGUGACCGCUCACCCCGAAGUACAGCGCAAACUGCACGAGGAAAUGGAUAGGGUUGUUGGAGAUGGACGCACGCCGAACAUGGACGACUUUCACAAC